AGAUACGUUAUUUUCUUCCGGGUCAGAGCCUCAGAGAAUCAUUCAACACUCAGAUAUGAGAGUUUUCUUCUAAUUUAUUUCGGAGGAGGAUAAAAUCCAAAACUGCUAUUGCUUGAUUAUAAUUCAAGAGGUAGUUUCAAUUCAUUUUUCUAUUUAAAAGAGAGAGAACUUCAAGAGAUACAAACGAAAUCCUCCAUAUUUUAUUUAUAUUUCGUAGGAGUUUUCUUAAUAUUUAUCGUAUCUUAAAUGGAUUUUAUUAUAACUAUUAUAUUUGUAAUUUUUUUAUCAUAUCAGUAUAAUAAUGUAAUGACUGGCCUAAAGAUUAUCUUAGUUUAUGUUAAUCAUACAUUUAUGAUAUUUUCUAUAAUAUUCAGAAAUGAAAUCAAUAAUCCUAUUUAAGUAGCUAAAAGUAUACUGAAUAUAGAUUAACGUUUUAUCGGUUAGAUUAUAGAUAUUAAAAGAUAUUCUUUUUAUCACUUAUGGUUUCCGUAAAUUCGAUAUGUAAUAAUUUGGCGCGAAAAGUUUCUGUUUUGUUUCUAAAAUCCAUCUUCUGACCUAAUAACAAUGACUAACGAUAUUUAUUCUAUAGAUUUAUAUUAUAUUUCUAUAACAGGCAACCGCAUGAUAAGUCUAUUUCUUUAGAAUUGAAAAAAAAACAGUGUCUUCAAAGUUAACAUGAAUUUUUUUUGUCACAAAAAUAUUUUCUUCCGUAAUAUUAAGUCUAACUCUUUCAAAUGCUAACUAGCUUCUGGCAAUAUGAACAUAGCUGAACUGAUCAGGAAGAAAACUCCAGAGAACUACGUAUAUGAACUUUUGAAAAUGGGCAAAGAAUUAGGAUUUAAUCCUAAUUUUAAAUGUACUCAAACUGGACUUCCAUUUCUUCAAGUAGCUAUAGUAUUGCAAAAUGAACAGGCUAUAGAGAUAUUAUUAUCAAGAGAUGCUAAUGUCAACAUUCUAAAUGAGAAUAAUGAUACUGCUCUACAUUGUGCUAGUGUGAAAGGAUUAACAAAUGUCUGUAAGAUCCUACUCAGUUACGGAGCUACUGAAAAGGAGGUGAAUAAUCAAGGUAGAACGCCAUUAAUGGAAGCUACAAAGAGAAAUUAUACAGAUGUGAUAGAAGUGCUUAAGAAAGGAAAAACAGGUUAGAGUUUCAUUUUAGAUAUUUUCAAAUUAAGAAAGUUUUAUAAAGUUAUAAAUUAUAUACUACACUUUACAUGAUAACGAAUAUUGCAAGACUUUUAUCUUUUCCAAGGAGUUUCAAAGUCAACGGAGACUAUUCAAGGUUUUGUGAAACGUUUACACGAAGACGAUGGUUCUAAUGGGAAUAAAGUAAAGAAAAAAGAAGUUAUAAACUUUUUCUUAGGAAAUAUCUCCGAAUUCGAAAUUUUACGAAGUCCUUUUCCAAAAGAAUCAAUACUUAAAAAUUAUCAAAUUAUUAAGCGAUAUCGAUUACAUUCGAAAAGAGAAUUCAGUAAUGGAGUCGUUCUUAAAGAAAAGAUAAAAUUCCAUAAAUACAUGUUUGUUUAUAUGAAUGAAGAAUGUAAUUCACAGAGCAUUCUUAGAUUAUCGUUCAUGCGAUCGUUGAACCAUCAAAACGUUGAAAAAUUGUAUUUUUGCGAUAUGUUUUUACGGGACGGAAGCAAAUAUUUUAAAACUAUUACAGACUAUUAUCCAGCAACCUUAGAAUCUUUUGUACAGCACUAUCAGUCAAAGUACUCGGAUUGCAUUUAUUACGGAAUAUGUGGUUUAUUGUUAUUACAAUAUAUCUAUGGAAUUCUAUCUGCAAUUGAUUACUUAUUAGGAAAGAAAAGUUCCCUAGAAAUUUCAAAAAGUGACAUUUUCAUUAAUCAAAAUGGUAUAUUAACCAUUCGCUGUCUCAGUACCAAUACGAAAUCUGAAUGCACUAGUGUUAGAGAUUCGAAGGAUAUAAAUACUUUA